AGGAUCUAGUAUGUUGGUUUUUGAUCUGUUACUUGCCUAAAUGUUUUGAGGACACUUGCUUUGUGCCAUUAAAUUAGGAUGAAGUUUUAUUUGUCUUUUUUCACCUUAGACCUGAUGGCACUGAAAGAGGAAAGUGAAGUACUGAAUGAGAUUGAGGAGAAAGAUCAGAAUAAGAAUCAUCAUAAAUUCAUAACUGGAGGAAAAUCUUUUAGUAGCUCACAGAGUGAAAAGACUCCCUCACAAAAAAGGGCUCAAAAGACAGGGACUAGAAUUCACACUGGAGAAAAGGCUUAUACAUAUUCUCAGUGUGGAAAGACUUUUGAUCAAGAUAGAAACCUUAAAGUCCACAUAAUAAUUGAUACUGGAGAGAGCCCUUUCAUGUGCCAACAAUGUGGAAAAGAUUCACUCAAAAAGGAAGCCUUAACAGACACAUGAGAAUUCACACCGGAGAGAAGCCUCACACCUGCCAACAGUGUGGAAAGAGUUUUUCUCAACUUGGAAACCUUGAAGUUCAUAUGGGAGUUCACACUGGAGAGAAGCCUUACACUUGCCAACAUUGUGGAAAAAGUUUCAACCGAAAAGGAAACCUUAAGUACCACAUGAGAAUUCAUACUGAAGAGAGCCUUUUCACCUGCCAACAGUGUGGAAUAAGUUUCACUCAAAUAGAAAGCCUUAAUGGGCACAUGAGAAUUCACUCUGGAGAGAAACCCUACACAUGCCAUCAUUGUGGAAAGAGUUUCAGUCAAAAAGGACACUUUACAGACCACACAAGAAUUCACUCUGGAAUGAAACCCUACACAUGCCCUCAGUGUGGAAAGUGUUUCAAUCAAAAAGGACAUUUUGAAGACCACAUAAGAAUUCACACUGGAGAAAAGCCUUUCACCUGCCAACAAUGUGGAACAAGUUUCAACCGAAAAGGAAUCCUUAACAGGCACAUGAGAACUCGCACUGGAGAGGAGCCAUUUAUAUGUGGUCACUGUGGAAAGAGUUUCAGAUAUAAAGUGACUCUUAAGUACCACAUGAGGAUUCAUGUAUGA